CAUCCUCUUAUCCAUCUCUCACGGAAAGCCUCAAACAUCGGUUUCCAUUGCAAAUUUCUCGAACGCUUCAAUGGCGUUGAGUUCUUGCUCGCCGACUUCCAUUUCACUCCACUCUAGAAGCCCUAGAGCUUCUUUUUCCAUCACUCGUAGACCAUUCGUUAUACUUGCCUCCUCUGCGGAUGAUUCUCCCAGGCCUUCGCUUCGAAUCUCCGCGAAUUCCAAUCCGAAAGCGCGAUUCGUCGCCCGGAGGAGCGAGUCCAUCACUGUUCGGCAGUUGGCGCGGCCUCUAAAUGAGUAUAUGAGUUUGCCGGCUAGUCAGUACUCGGUGUUGGAUGCGGAGAGGAUUGAGCGGAUUGAUGAUUGCACCUUUAGGUGCUAUGUUUAUAGAUUUAAGUUCUUUGCUUUUGAGGUUUGCCCUGUUUUAAUUGUUAGAGUUGAAGUGCAGCCCAAUGGAUGUUGCAUCAAGCUUCUGUCGUGUAAGCUUGAGGGCUCGCCAAUCGUGGUUGCACAGAAUGAUAAAUUUGAUGCUAAUAUGGUGAACCAGAUAUCUUAUGAUGUCAAUCGAGGCAGCUCACCCUUGCAGAAACUCACAUCGGACACUGUCAUUGAGGUUAACAUCGAGAUUCCUUUCGCCUUUCGUGCAAUUCCUGUACAAGCAAUUGAAUCAGCUGGGACCCAAGUCCUGGAACAAAUACUGAAGCUUAUGCUUCCCCGCUUCACAGCCCAGCUUGUGAAGGACUAUCAAGCAUGGGCCUCAGGUGAUACAUCAAGGCAACCCCUUGGAACAGGUGAGAUCUGAGAUUCAUAUUCAAAAUUUAUGCCCCGACUUCCGACUCGUGAAGUUCUAUUUCCUUCGACAUUCGCAUUCGACUCUUGAAUCCGCAGGAGUUUGUGUACUAGGAGUCUAGGAACACUAUUUUAGGCUGUUUAUGCUCUUGUUUGCCAAGCCAAGACACAUUGUUCAGGAUAUGGCUUUAGUAAAAUUUUGGUUCUUAGCAAGUUGAAUGAGUACAUGUAAAUUAUUUCUUCAUGGUAUUUAGUGAAAAUAUAGUCAUGUAUGUUAUUGGAGCUAUAUUUUGAAGUCAUUAAGAAUAAUUUGGAUUUAUUGCUCUGAUGAUAAUGUUAAUUAUUUGUAUGCCA